CUACGCUAAACAUAUCUCUUUUCCUAUUGUAGUACUUAAUUGUUUUUAUUUUCUAAAUAGUACUUAAAUAAUGUCUAGUAGCGGGAACAAUAUCUAGUGAUGAUGAACAUUUAAUUUGAACAAUGUCCGGUGACGGGGAAUAUUAUUUGAAUAAUGACCAAUGGAGAUUGAGCCGUGGUACUAAAUUCGAAAAUAAAAACAUAUGGUAUUAAGUUUGUAAAAUCAAUAUAUUUUAAUACUAUUUAGAUAAAUUCAUUUUUUAAAUAAAAAUACUACAUAAGAAAUGGAUCUAACUAUACUAAAAAUUUUGUACGUUUGAAACAUGACUAUAAUUAGAGUAAAAAAGAGUCUAUAUAUAUAUUGGAAAGUGUCCGUCGGUUUCUCCGACUUCCAUUUGCUCGCCCGCUGGUUUUCGUUUGCUUGCGCCUCUGAUUCCCAAAGCGAUCAGAUCUAAGGGAGAGAAAGAAGAAGAUCCAAGGAGAGAUGGGUAGCUCUGGAAUCUCAUGGGAAUUGAAAGAUCACCCCAAGCUUCCCAAGGGGAAAACAAUCGCUUUGAUUGUCUUGGACGGAUGGGGCGAGGCUAAGGCCAAUGAGUACAACGCUAUUCACGUUGCUGAAACUCCCACCAUGGAUUCUCUCAAACAGGGUAAUCCGGAUACAUGGAGGUUGAUCAAGGCACACGGCAAUGCAGUGGGGCUUCCUACAGAAGAUGACAUGGGCAAUAGCGAGGUUGGCCACAAUGCCCUUGGUGCCGGAAGGAUCUUUGCCCAGGGUGCAAAGCUUGUUGAUUUGGCCCUUGCUUCUGGAAAAAUCUAUGAUGGAGAAGGUUUCAAUUUCAUUAAACAAAGCUUUGAAGCUGGAACUCUACAUUUAAUUGGGCUAUUGAGUGAUGGAGGUGUCCACUCCAGGCUUGAUCAAUUGCUGUUGUUGGUGAAAGGGGCUGCGGAGCGUGGUGCCAAAAGGAUUCGUGUCCACGCAUUAACGGAUGGGCGUGAUGUCCUUGAUGGUUCAAGCGUAGGAUUUAUGGAAACUCUUGAGAAUGAUCUUGCAAAAUUACGCGGAAAAGGUAUUGAUGCCCAGGUUGCAUCAGGCGGAGGUCGCAUGUAUGUGACAAUGGAUCGAUACGAGAAUGAUUGGGAUGUUGUAAAACGAGGUUGGGAUGCCCAAGUUCUUGGUGAAGCUCCAAACAAGUUUACAAAUGCUCUUGAAGCAGUCAAGAAGCUGAGGGAGGUUCCCGGUGCAAAUGAUCAGUACUUGCAACCAUUUGUCAUUGUUGAUGAAAAUGGGAAGCCUGUUGGGCCCAUCGUAGAUGGUGAUGCUGUCGUAACCUUCAACUUCCGGGCAGAUCGGAUGGUUAUGCUAGCAAAGGCCCUUGAAUAUGAAAAUUUUGAUAAAUUUGAUCGUGUUCGGUUCCCUAAAAUCCGGUACGCUGGGAUGCUACAAUAUGAUGGAGAGUUGAAGCUUCCAAGCCAUUAUCUUGUUUCUCCUCCUGAAAUUGACAGAACUUCCGGGGAAUACCUUGUGCGUAAUGGCGUUCGUACUUUUUCUUGUAGUGAAACAGUUAAAUUUGGACAUGUCACUUUUUUCUGGAACGGGAACCGGUCUGGAUAUUUCAAUGCUGAUUUGGAAGAGUACGUUGAGAUUCCAAGUGAUGUUGGGAUAACAUUCAAUGUCCAGCCUAAAAUGAAGGCAACAGAGAUUGGCGAAAAGGCUAGAGAUGCUAUCCUUAGCCGCAAAUUUGACCAGGUACGAGUUAACAUUCCAAAUGGUGACAUGGUGGGGCAUACUGGUGACAUUAAAGCAACUAUUGAAGCUUGCAAGUCUGCCGAUCAAGCUGUCAAGAUGAUCAUUGAUGCAAUAGAACAGGUUGGUGGAAUUUAUGUUGUAACUGCAGAUCAUGGAAAUGCAGAAGACAUGGUGAAGAGGAACAAGAAGGGGGAGCCACUUCUCGACAAGAAUGGAAACAUCCAGAUCCUCACUUCUCACACUUGUGAACCGGUACCUAUUGCGAUGGGUGGGCCCGGGUUGAGCAAAGGAGUGAGAUUUCGCCGAGAUGUCCCAACAGGUGGUCUUGCUAAUGUCGCUGCAACGGUUAUGAAUCUGCACGGAUUUGAAGCGCCAGAUGACUAUGAGUGCACAUUGAUUGAAGUGGUUGACAACUAAAGAUGAAAUUGUUUUUUUACACAUUGUAUGUUGUUGAUUUUUAAAACCUUUUUGGGGGGCUUUAUGGAAAGCAUUCAGCACAAACAUACCGAACCCCAGAUUUUGUCUCAAAGAAUGGGUUUCCAGCCCUUGAUGGUUUUGGAUGUAGUUGUCACUUGACAAUGAGUUUUUUUAUUAAUACGCAGUAAUAAUAAUUACUCCAUCCCUAAAACAUUCUUCCCCGUUUUGGUUUAUGAGGAUUGAUUGGUGUUUAUUGUUUUCAAUUCAAUUUAUUGAGUUAUAAGUGUACAAUUUAAAAAUAGAAAAUAUAUAUUUUUGAACCAUGGAGUAUAUCUAAAGCUCCACAAAACAAAACAAGAGGUGCUUCUACCUUAAAUUUUGUAUCGCGCGCAUGUAAUCUGUCCCUUGUUUCUUUUUGAAAUAUGGUGGUCUGGUCGAGCCGAAUAGCAUCCUUUUGAGGCUUCCAGUAAUUUGAUUGCAACCAUUCAAGUGCCUAAAAUCAUUACAGCACACUUAGAGAACUAUGAAACAGCUGAGCUUCCAAAAAAAAUAAAUUUAUAAAGAUAUGAAGUACUAGUAACAGCAAUAAAAACCAACUAUGAGGUUACAAUCCCCACCUCUCACUCGGACUAAAGUAUUAACUUGUAA